UGUCGAUAAUUCCUUAUAGAAAUCAUAAAUCUCGGUAAAUAGUUUGUGUUACGGAAGCGGUGAAAGACUGUUAAUUAUAUCAUAAUUAUCAUAUAAAUUUUUGUUGUUAAAUACUUAACAUAAUGUCAAAGCAAGAAUACGCACCACCAACAGGCGCCCCACCGAACUGGUCAUCAUCUAAUAACGACAGUGGACAUGGCGGAUAUGUACCACAGGGACAACCUGCCUAUUCUCAACAAACUCAACUGCGUGGUUAUGGAGGCCACCAACAACAAGGUUACCAACAAGGUUACCCACAACAGGGCUACCAACAAGGUUAUCAACAACAAGGUUAUCAACAACAAGGCUACCCACCACAACAAGGUGGUUAUUAUCAACAACAACAACCUAUGUAUGUGCAGCAAAAGCCACAAAGUAACAACAAUUCAUGUUUGAUGGGAUGUCUUGCUGCCAUGUGUCUUUGUUGUACUCUUGAUGCUAUCUUUUAGAUAUACUGGUUGGUUUACUUGUUCUGGAGUAGAAGAAAAGUACGAGAAUUUUUCAAUUUAAUACCUAGUAGGAAUGUUUUCCUAUGAAGCUAAUAAGGGAAACAGGUUCAUUAAUUUUGGCUACGGAUAAAGCUGGUACUCUUCGUUCACUAUAUAUGACUUUGUAUUAGACAGUGUAAUACACAACAAAACUGUUUU